AUGUGUGCUUUGUUCUCCGAGACCGCCUUGUUCGCCGCCGAAUCGUUCGAAUCCGCCCCUCCUCCGUGUAUACCGCCGUCGGAAGAGAGCUCCGCUACCGUAAACGAGUGGGGAGUUUGGCUCGCCGACAGCUCUCCACAGGACUUUGAUUGUCUCACCGCUCUCACUGAAUCCGAAUCUCGUGUACGUUGUCUCUCAGCCGCCAAAUUGCGCACCGCGCUUGCCCCCGACAGCAAGUGUGUUUUUAAGCGGGCCUUCGCCACCGCCGCCACCACUGCCGCUGGCCCAGCCGGACGUUGCCUUCUCGGGGCUGGCACUCAAUGCGAAAUGGGCACUCGUCCAGUAAUUCGUCGUCCGAAAAUGUUGCCACCUCCUAUCAGCAGCGAUUUGUCGUUGAUCAGCAGUAAAGAAGCACUCGAUUCGAGCCACAGCAGCAACAGUCCAUUCAACCAUUCCAUAUCAUCAUUAUCUCCCUCCACAUACUCAUCAUCUAGUUAUUCACCACAACUUAAAGACAUUGACGGUUUUGGACGCGAUUUCUCACCAAAUAUCUCGAUUCCAUUCAUUGAUUCGAUCAUCGCCGAAGUUCGUCAAGAAUUGAACGAUGAAGAAUCGGCGUCAGAUAUUACAUCGGUGAGCAGACGCGAUCUCUACAUGAAACCCGGCGAGACCAUCACUAUCCGUGCAGAGGACGGAAAAGAGUACAAAGUUAUAAUUGAGCCGGUCGAGCCCGAGAACGAUUUGCAAAAAUGUGCACCUAAGCGAAAGUCAUCGGUUAUCUCAACAACGUCGACGUCUACCGUCGAUUCCAGUCCUUCCCCAGUUCGGCCUAAAAUAAAAAGAAAACGAGCCGCACCAGUUUCUCUUGCAAAUAUGAGCAUGGAAGAGAUCGCCGAAAGAAAAAAGCAGCAAAAUCGAAUGGCGGCAAUCCGAUAUCGACAAAAACUUCGCGAGGAACGAUCAAGCGACGAACAAGAAAAGACUCGUCUUACUGCUCGCAAUGCGUUCCUCCGCGAAGAACAAGUCCGACUCGAAAAAGAAAUUGCCGAUAUUCGUGCGCUGCUUUUUGCAAAUAUUUAA